AUAGCGUAACCACUAGAAAGGGCGAAGGAGUUAUUCAGUCUUGUUCACCCAUUUCUAUACUAAUCUAUUGCUUUUUCUGUAUUAAUCGAGCCCACCAAGGUGCAAGCGUGCAUGCACCGCUUCUAAAGGAAGAAAGUCAUCAAUGAUGGCGCCAAAAGCCAUCGUUAAGGCUUUUUGCCUGAGCGUGCUUAUUUCUGCGUCUUUGACAAAUGCCCGGUCCCCAUAUUAUGGCAGAGUAAAACGAAACACAGAGACUGAAAAUUGCCCCACGCCUCCUGCACCAAAAAAUGGCGAAGUGAGCUGUGAAUAUUCAGAUGCACUGCAAAUUGAAAUAUUAUGCACAAUUGCAUGCAAAACAGGAUACAAAUUUGAUCAAACUCAAACAGAUUCAAAAGACUUCAUCUUUCCCUGUGAUGUUGCCACUGGUUUCUUUGAUCCAGUGAUAACUCCUGAUUGCAUUCCUAAUUGUGAUCCACCUUGCUUAAAUAAGGGUACAUGCAUAGAACCCAACACUUGUAGGUGUGUGCUACCCUUUUAUGGACCACAAUGUUUGCACAGUCGGGAACUUUGCACCAAUUAUGUUCCACCAAGAUUUGGAACAAUGGAUUGCAUACAAAAUGCUGAGGGUGGCAAAGAUUGUGUACCACAGUGUCUGCCAACAUUUACUUUUGAAAGGGAACCUCCUGCCAAGUAUGUGUGUGGUAAGAAUGGUACUUGGACACCUGAUGUUACUUUGGUGCCAGACUGCAUACAAGCUGUUGAUCUACCUACCACAUCAGCACCCAGAACAACAGCAGCAAGAAUCUCAAGUGAUGCAAUGUGUGGAGCAUGGGGAACAAAUCAUUAUCGAACAUUUGACAACAAAGUGUACACAUUCGAUGGCCCAUGUCGAUAUACUUUGGUUCAUGCACCAAAUCAGUUUGACAUAUUGGCUAGAAACAAACCUAACUGUCUAUCAGCAUGCAGCAAAGAAAUUGACGUUUAUCAGUCAGGAAAUCAAAUAUCUUUUGCUGCUGGAGCUAGCGGACCUGAAAUCAAGUGGAAUGGUCAACUUGUGACUGUACCAGGGUUUAAAGAAGGAAUUGUAUUUGAAAAAGUUGGUGGCUACAUAACAAUGUCAAGUAACCUUGGGUACAACAUUAAAUGGGAUGGAAAGCAGUCUGUCUUUAUUAAGGUUUCAGAUGAGUUUCUAAAUAAAAUUACUGGUCUUUGUGGCAAGUACAAUAAGAUUCCAACUGAUGAUUUUGAGACACCAAGAGGAACCCAAGUUACAGAUGUAGGAAUGUUUGGUGCAAGUUGGAAAAAAGAAGAAAAUGGAAAUGUUUGUGCUGAGCCACCACAGAAGACUGGAUGUGAUGCCCAGACUCCAGAAAUAACCCAGAAAGCUCAAAGUUUCUGUGACGCCUUAACAUCUGAUGCAUCUUUUCUUGCAUGCUCUUCGAAAGUCGAUCCUACACCAUUCAAAGAGUCUUGUAAAACAGAUUGCUGUAAUGCUGGUGGUGAAGGCUCUUGUAUGUGUGAUACAAUGGAAGCUUAUUCACGCUCUUGCAUGGAUAAAGGUGCCAAUAUAACAUGGAGGACUCAAGGCAGAUGUGCAAUUUCCUGUCCAAAUAACAUGGUCUAUAAAGAAUGUGGCAGCUCAUGUGCUAAAGACUGUACUAAUGUGAACUCAGUAUGCCCUGAUACCACUUGUGUGGAUGGUUGCUUCUGCCCUGAUGGACAGGUUCUACACAAUGGUAAUUGCAUCCCAACCACUGAUUGCCCGUGUGAGAAAAACUCACAAACAUUCAGAGAAGGUGAAAUAGUCCCAGAAAAAUGUAACAAUUGCACAUGCCACAAUGGUGCUUGGAACUGUACCAAAAAAUCUUGUGACAAAACCUGCUCUGCCACUGGAGACCCUCACUAUGAAACAUUUGAUGGUAAGAGAUAUAAUUUCAUGGGGACCUGCUCCUACUACCUGAUGAAAGACAGAGACUUCAAUGUGAUAGUGGACAACAUUCAGUGUGGACAUGGAGAUGCUUCUUGCACUAAGUCCAUCAGCAUUGAUAUCCAGGGCUUGAACAUUAAGUUGGACCACAAUCACCAGCUCUUUAUUAAUGGAAGAGAAAUAACUACUCUUCCUUAUGUAACACCAGAGAUAAAAGUCACUAUGGUGUCAUCACUCUUUAUGCAAGCUACUCUAAGCAAUGGCAUCAGCAUAUUGUGGGAUGGGCGCACCAGAGCCUACAUCAAAGCUCCUGCUGAAUUCUACAAAAAAACCAUUGGUCUGUGUGGUACAUUUGAUGGUGAUCAGACCAAUGAUUUUAAGACACUAGAGGGUAAUGUUGAAACCAACCCCAACAUUUUUGGUAACCAAUGGAAGACUGAGCAGUCAUGUGCCAACAUCUCAGAAAUAACACCUCAAGACCCCUGUGAUGCAAACCCUCAGAAAAAAGAUCAAGCAUUGGCUUUGUGCCAGAAACUCAAAGGAGAUAUAUUUAAAGCUUGUCAUAAUGUGAUUGAUGUCACCACAUAUUAUGAGGACUGUCUAUACGAUCUAUGUUCUUGCACUGCCAACAUGAAGGACUGCAUGUGCCCUAACAUGGGAAGCUAUGCAGAUACAUGCGCCACUAAGGGAAUACAAAUAAAUUGGCGUCUGCAAAUACCAGAAUGCUUGCUGCAGUGUCCUGCUGGUCAGCAGUAUACUGUGUGUGCCAGGCCCUGUGAACGUACAUGCAGAGACAUAGCUGAAAACAAAGACCCUGACUGUGACACAAAGUGUGUUGAAGGCUGCAAUUGCUUGACUGGCCAAACUUUAAAUGACCAAGGGCAAUGUGUCCCAAUUGCAGAUUGUCCUUGUAUUUUCAAUGGGAAACAGUAUCCAUCUGGAUACACAACAGUUCUUGGAAGUGAAAUCUGUGUCUGUGAAAAUGCCAAGUUUGUCUGCUCAGCUGUGCCACCUGCUCGUGUGACUCUUCCACCUACCAAUCCACCUCCAUUGUGCCCACUUGAGACAUCAGUCUACACCAGAUGCAAAUCCAACUGUCCACUUACUUGUGACAACAUGCACAAUCCACCCAACUGUAGUAAAGACAAUUGCGAUGCUGGAUGUGAGUGUCUGCCUGGUCUGGUUCUUGAUGGAGACAAUUGUGUCAAUGCUUCCUUGUGCCCUUGUCACCAUGCUGGAAAUACUUAUCAUGAAGGGGAAUCUUACUUCCAGGAAUGCAAUCAAUGCACUUGUAAAAAUCGGCAAUGGCAGUGCACAAACAACACUUGCCCAUCGUCAUGUAGUGCCUAUGGAGACUCCCAUUACACUACAUUUGAUGGCCGUCGCUAUGAGUUCCAGGGAGUGUGUGACUAUGUUUUAGUGAAAUCAACAGAUGACAGUCCUUACAACUAUGCUAUCACCACUCACAACACACAGUGUGGUACAACAGGAGUAACUUGUGCCAAACAAAUUGACUUUACUGUUGGUACAGAAGGAACAGAUAAUUUUUACAAACUUCAACUUAUCUCAGGUCAGUCCGUUGUACCAGAUCCUGGCUCACCAUUUAGUGUCAAAGAAGUUGGUGACAUGGUUUACAUCACUACUCCAUUUGGUGUAACAGUACAGUGGGACAAAGGAACAAGAGUUUAUGUCAGACUAACAAAAGAUCACAUGAGAUAUGUUGAAGGUCUCUGUGGCAACUUUAAUCAAGACUCUGGAGAUGAUUUUAUUCCAAAACAAGGAGGGAAUCCUGUUAACAAGGCAACAGCAUUUGGUGAUAGCUGGAAAGUGCAAAGCUCUUGUGCACCAUCCCUUGAGAUUACUGAUACUUGCUCAAAGAACCCCCAGAGAAAAGCCUGGGCACAUUUCAAGUGUUCGGUAUUGAAUUCUGACCUAUUUCAACCAUGUCACAAUGUUGUUGAUCGCACAGAUUUCGUCAGAAGAUGUGAGUUUGAUGCUUGUGCUUGUGACCUGGGUGGUGACUGUGAAUGUCUUUGUACUGCCAUAGCUGCCUAUGCUCAUGAAUGUGCUGUUAAUGGAGUGCCCAUCAAUUGGAGAAGCAAUGAUUUAUGUCCCAUACAGUGUGAGCAGUGUGAAACAUUUAAUCCAUGCAUCUCUCUGUGUCCAAAGAAAACCUGCGGCAACAAAAAUGUGUAUUCUGCUAUUGCUUCACAAUGUAGUGAUCUUAAAGGACUUUGUUUUGAAGGCUGUGAUCUUAAUCCUUGCCCACCAGGACAGGUCUAUGACUCACUCACUGACCCAGUCAGUUGCAUUCCUGAAUCUCUUUGUGAAACACCAUCUUGUGAUAUCAAUGGCAAGACCUACAAAGAAGGGGAGAGAAUAGAGGACCCUUCAGCCUGUAGGACUGAAUGUGAGAUUUGCAUUUGUCGUAACACCAUAAUAGAGCAUAUUACCUUUGGCAAGUGUGAGCCUGUUCCUAUGCACACACCUACUCCACAAACAACCACAACAGCAGAGCAACCUGGUCAGAAGACCACCGAAAACGCAGGGACUCCUCAUUCAAUCAAUGACACCAAUGGAGUGUGUGAUGAAUUGUUGGGAUCCUACCAGAAGGACAUUGCUGGGAAUGAUCAGUUCUCUGCCUCUUCCUCUCAGAGUGUAGCUUACGAGGCUCAUCAGGCUCGACUCUUCAACACACACUCAGGAGCUGACAACGGGGGAGCAUGGGUUCCCAGAUUAUCUGAUCUUCAUCCUUAUAUCACACUAAAACUUCAACGUCCUGACCUUAUUACUGGAGUAGUUCUUCAAGGAGUUCCUAAUUCACCACAAUGGGUGACAGAGUACUCAGUGGAAACAUCCAUUGAUGGAGUCCAUUUCCAGCCCUACAUGGACAGCAGACAGACUGGGCCCAAAGUUUUCAAAGGGAACUUUGACAGCAACACCCCAGUUAAGGGAUUCUUUGAUAGGGAGGUGCCUGCUAUUGCUGUCAGAAUUUAUCCCAACAAGUGGGUAGGAGCUGCAGGCUUGAGGUUUGAUCUUCUAGUAUGCAAUGGUGCAGCAACUCUGGUUCCUCCAACAAUAGCCUAUGGGGAAACACCUACUCCAACACCUUUCAGAGUAACUGGAGGUACCCCUACUAAGGCCCCCACUGUAAGCUAUCCAGGAGGAGCUACAACUCUGACCCCACCACCAGGGCAGCAUCAAACUUCACCAACUUUGACACCACCAUUUACUCUACAACCAGAUGUAGUUUGCAAUGUUCCAAUGAAUGUGGAUCUUCCUCCAUUUUUACCUGAUAACCAGUUGAGUUCCACACUAAGUAUUACUCCCCCUGGUGAUGGCAGACUAAAUGGUUUGUCAUCUUGGAUCCCAGCUGUGACUGACCAGAACCAAUGGCUUCAGGUGGACUUUUUGUUAGCUCAGAACUUGUCUGGCAUACUGACUCAGGGCAGUCCAAAUGCUGAGAAAUGGGUCUCAUCCUACAUGAUUAGCACCAGCCUUGAUGACUUAACUUUCUAUCCACUUCGUGGCAAUGAUGGAAAUAUUUUCAUUUUUAAAGGAAAUUCUGACAAGGAUUCUAUAGUCAGAAAUUAUUUUCCACAUCCUGUAAUAGCUAGGUACAUCCGCAUCAUACCAUUGACGUGGGCACCAAAUGGUCCUGGGCUGAGAAUCAAUUAUCUUGGUUGCAUCUCAAAGUACAACACACCUCGACCAACAGAGCCUUUAGAAAUUCCAACUCCAACCACAAUGGCUACACCACCACCAGGUGUUACUACUGCUGCACCCACUCCUCAAAUUUUACCCCCGACAGUGCCAUUCUUUGUUCCCACACCUACACCAGUAUGUGGCAAAGAAAUGGGCUUACAAAGUCAACAAAUAAUUAAAGACUCACAGAUAACAGCUUCAUCAAGUAAACCUUUUCAUGGACCACAAUUGGCCAGACUUUCUGAAUAUUUUUACCAAGGAUCUUGGAUGCCAUUGAAUGAUGACACAUCACCAUAUAUCCAAGUUAACUUUCAAGAACCCAAGUUCCUGUCUGGUGUAGUGACUCAGGGAGAAGGAACUGAAGAAAGAUGGGUGACCGAAUAUAAAGUAUACACAAGCAUGGAUGGCGUAGACUUUGUUCCAUAUUCAGCCAAGCAAGAUGGGGCAACAAUUUUCAAAGCCAACACAGAUUCCAACACCCCUGUUACUAACCUCUUUGUUCAAAAUAUCUUGGCUCAGUACAUUAGGAUAUACCCUGUUGGUAGUCACAUGCAGCCAGCCCUGAGGUUUGAUGUGUUGGGCUGCAACCCUUCAUUGCCAGACCGUGGAAUAGUAACACCCUCUCCACCUCCGACAACAACAACAGAGAAACCAACUUUACCUUUUGGUCAAACACCUAAACCAACACUGACACCACCACCCAUUGUUUUAGAUACUAUAAGCCCACCAACCUGUCUUCUACCCAUGGGUUUAAGUAGCCAUUAUAUCAUUGCUAAUGACCAGAUGACUUCAUCAUCUAAUCUGGAUAAAACCCACACAGUAUCUGAUGGAAGACUUAAUAAUGUUUACUCCAGUACUUCUGGUGGAUCAUGGAUUCCUGGAUCUGAAACAAAUCAAUGGGUUACUGUUAAAUUUGAUGAACCCAAGCUUUUGUCUGGAGUUGUGACACAAGGCAGCCCUGAUUCAUCUCGUUGGGUCAAGACAUACUACAUCUAUUACAGCCUUAAUGGUGUUGACUUUAUUCCAUACACUGAGUACCCUGGUAGCCAAACACCUUACCUGUUCCGUGGUAACACUGACAGUAACACACCUGUAAGAAACUUACUCAACCGUGAAAUCAUUGCCCAGUACAUCAAGAUAGUUCCUGUUGAGGCAGGACCCAGUGGUAUAGGUCUUAGAUUUGAUGUUUUGGGAUGUAAACCUGAUAUACCAAAAUUACCACCAUCGCUGACUCCUCUAACUGUUAGCAAUGAAACUCCACCAACACCAGGAACUGGAACUACACUCACUCCACCAACACCAGUCACAAUUAAGUGUGAUGUACCAAUGGGAAUUUCUAAUCCAUUGAUUAUUGGGGACCAACAGUUGUCUGCUUCAACAUCCCUUGAUGAGUACCAUGGACCAACCAGAGGCAGGAUUUUCACCUAUACUGAUGGAGUGUUUGCUGGAGGAUGGUCACCUAGAACAUCUGAUGAGAAACCAUACUUGCAAGUUGAUCUUCUGUCACCGUAUAAAUUCUCUGGAGUGACCACUCAAGGAAGUGCUGACCAACCAUCAUGGGUCACUAAAUACUCAGUGUACUUCAGUACCGAUGGCAUCACUUUUGAACCUGUUAAGGACAACUCUGGCAAUCCUAUUGUGUUCAAUGGCAACACUGACCAGCACACACCAGUGACCAACUUCUUCCCCACAGAAGUGGCCAGAUACAUACAGAUAAGACCAGUGGAGUCCCACAAUGGUAUCACCCUGAGGUUUAAUCUGCUAGGUUGUGAGACCCCAAGGCCUACCCCAGUUGUACCCAUUACACAGGGUGUCACUUGGUCUCCAACUAUUUCAGAGAAGACAACUUUGACUCCACCACCAGGACAGUUUGAAACCACUAUGGGACCUCCAACAUUUGCCAUUCCUGUUCCAAAUAUGAUUUGUAAUUUCCCAAUGAAUGUUGACCGACCUUCUAUGAUAGCCAACCAGCAACUAACAGCUUCUAGUCAAUUCAAUUCUGAAACAUCACCAUCUGCAGGAAGAUUGGAUAACCAAUUUUUCUCAUGGGUUCCAUUGGUUGCAGACUCCAGUCAAUGGCUCCAGGUUGACUUUCAAACUCCUCAGAAUCUCUCUGGAGUUCUUACGCAGGGCAGCCCAGACAGUGAAAAAUGGGUGUCUUCCUUUUUGAUCCGCACAAGUAUGGAUGGCUUGACCUAUUACCAUGUCAGAAAUAAUCAAGACAAAAUUUUAGUUUUCCCUGGCAACUCUGACAAAGAUUCUAUUAUUAGAAACUAUUUCCCAAGGGUUAUCAUAGCGAGAUAUGUUCAGAUUGUCCCACUCACCUGGGCACCCAGUGGUCCUGGCCUUAGACUAAAUUAUAUUGGAUGUUAUUCCACUUCAUCACCUACACCUAGACCACCCUUGACUACUGCUCAACCAACAAUUCCAACUGGAAGUGUAGUUGAUGUGACAACGAAAAGUCCACCUAUCAUCACACCUUAUGUACCACCAGAGCCUUUGUGUACCAAACAAAUGGGGCUAGAGAAUGAAAAAAUAAUAGAAGACAGUCAAAUUACUGCAUCAUCCAGUAUAGCCAACCAUGGACCUGAAAUGGCCAGGCUCUACACUUCCAGCGGUGCAUGGAUACCUUCGAACAAUGAUGAGGCACCUUACAUACAAGUGAACUUUAAGGAGCAAAAGUUUUUGUCAGGAGUUGUAACACAAGGUCAAGGUCUGGAAGAGAAAUGGGUGACUGAAUAUCAAAUCUCAUACAGCAGUAAUGGUGUUGAUUUUUACCCAUAUUCCCAAAAACAAGAUGGUGUGGCCACAACCUAUUCUGCUAAUUCUGACAGCAACUCUCCAGUGACUAAUAUGUUUGUGCAUAACAUCAUUGCUCAAUACAUUCGUAUUAUACCAGUUGGCAGCCAUAUGGGCUUUGCUUUAAGAUUUGAUAUUCUUGGUUGCAACCCAUCAAUGGAGAAUGUACUUCUUACAACCUUACAUCCUCCCAUUGCUACCACAGCAACAACAACGUUAGAGCCACCAAUCACUCUACCUGGCCAAACACAGCCAACUACUCUGGUGCCAACUCCACUGACUGUUUGUCAGAUUCCUAUGGGACUAACCAAUCAUUACAUAGUAUCAGAUUACCAAAUGACUUCUUCAUCCAACCUCGACCUUCAACAUACUGCUUCAGAUGGAAGACUUUACAACAUUAAGACAGAGACUUCUGGAGGUUCCUGGAUUCCUGGAUCAAAUUCACAGCAGUGGAUAACUGUCAACUUUAAUGAGCCAAAACUUCUGUCAGGAGUGGUUACACAGGGCAGUCCUGAUUCAUCUCGCUGGGUGAAAACAUUCUACAUCUACUUUAGUCUCAAUGGCAUCGACUUCAAGCCAUACACAUUGUACCCAGGCGACCAGACACCUUACCUAUUCAAUGGCAACAAUGACAACACUACACCUGUUCGAAACCUACUAAAUCGUGAUAUAGUUGCUCAGUACAUAAAGAUUGUUCCAGUUGAAGGAGCCCCAAGUGGAAUAGGUCUGAGAUUUGAUGUUCUGGGAUGCAAUCCAUCUUUAGAGCCUCCAAGAUUAACUCCUCCUCCACUGGUCACUGGACCUACACCCACGCCUGGAACUGGGCCAACACCUCUCCCAACUAUAACUCCUAAAUUUGUGUGUGACCUUUCUAUGGGCUUAACCAAUCCUCUCAUCAUAAGUAAUAACCAGUUGUCAGCCUCAAGCUCUCUAGAUGGCUAUCAUGGACCUUCUCGUGCGAGAUUGUAUUUAUAUAGCAAUGGACUCUAUACAGGUGGAUGGUCUCCUCGACCAACUGACCCAUCUCCUUACAUUCAAGUGGACCUUCUGUCCACCUAUGAGAUUUCUGGAGUGACCACUCAAGGAAGUGCUGACCAACCAUCCUGGGUCACCAAGUACACAGUGUACUACAGUGAUGAUGACAUCUACUUCAUGCCUGUGAAAGACAACUCCAACAAUCCAAUUGUCUUUAGUGGCAACACUGACCAGUACUCUCCAGUAUCCAACUACUUCCCACAGGUGAUAGAAGCAAGAUAUAUUCAAAUUCGUCCUGUGGAAUCCCAUAACUCCAUCUCCUUGAGGUUUAACCUUCUUGGCUGCAAUACCCCAGUGCCAACAGCACCAACACCUCACAUCACUUACACAUCUCAACCAACACUUGGGAUUAAAACCACUGCUACUCCACCUACUGGUCAUUUAACAAACACUCCAACUGUUCCAGUUUCUUUCCAGCCUCCUCCAGAACUACAUUUGCUUUGCAACAUUCCAAUGAAUGUUGAUCGUCCAUCCAUGAUAACAAGCAGCCAACUCACAUCUUCAAGCCAGUUGAAUUUACAGACUUCAGCAGCUAAUGGACGAUUAGAAAAUAGCUUGUCUUCCUGGGUACCCAGCAUGUAUGACAACUUCCCUUGGCACCAAGUGGAUUUCAAGACACCUCAGAAUCUCUCUGGUGUUAUCACUCAGGGAAGUCCAGAUAGUGAAAGAUGGGUGUCUUCUUUUACAGUCAGCACUAGUAUGGAUGGCCUGACAUUCUUCCCUGUGCAGAAUCAAGAUGGCCAUGAUAUUGUUUUCAGUGGAAACCAAGAUAAAAACACUUUGAAGAGAAACUAUUUCCCACAUAUAAUUGUUGCUCGCUUUGUGCGCAUCCAGCCACUCUCUUGGGCACCUAAUGGACCAGGUCUCAGGCUCAACUACAUUGGCUGCUUCUCUUCUCUUGUCCCAACAGAAAGGCCUCCACUAGAGACUCUGACUACCCAGACACCACCAGUGGUUGUUGGACCAACAACAGUUACACCCACUCCUCCACCACUGAUCACACCCACUUCUUAUGGAGUUCCGAUCUGUACCAAGAGCAUGGGCUUGCAGGAUCAAAGAAUUGUCGAUGAUCAGCAGUUGUCAGCAACCUCUAGUGACAGAAACCAUGAACCUAAAUAUGCUAGACUGUCAGAAUAUGAUUAUCAAAGUUCUUGGAUACCCGGGUUAAGUGAUGUGAGACCAUAUAUUCAAGUGGACUUUAAAGAACUGAAGUUCCUGUCAGGUGUUGUGACACAGGGUGAAGGAAGAGAGAACAGAUGGGUCUCAGAGUAUAAGGUACUGUUAAGUACAGAUGGUGUGAGCUUCUAUCCUUAUUCUGAGAGGCAGGACGGUACUGCUACUAUUUUCCCAGCCAACUCAGAUACCAACACACCAGUGACCAAUUAUUUCAAUAAAAACAUCAUUGCAAGAUACAUCCGCAUUGUGCCUGUUUCUUCAGAAGGAGGUGUGGCAUUAAGGUUUGAUGUCUUGGGCUGCAAUCCAUCAGAGCCAAAUAAGUUAAUAACUCCACACCCUACCCCUUAUCCUACUUUGACUACCACCACAACAAAAGUUACAGAAGCUCCAACUGUGUCUGGUCAAACUAGGCCAUCUACCCUGGCUCCAACACCAUAUAUUUCUGAGACGGACAUACCAAGAGUUUGUUUAAUACCAAUGGGAUUAACUGACCAUUAUGUUGUGACUAAUGACCAACUAACAUCAUCCUCCAACAUUGACCAGACACACACAGCAGCAGAUGGGAGACUUUACAACACAAAGUCAAACUCAUCCGGUGGAUCAUGGAUCCCUGGAUCUGAAACAAAUCAAUGGAUCACUGUUAAAUUUGAUGAGCCCAAGCUUUUGUCUGGAGUUGUGACACAAGGCAGCCCUGAUUCUUCUCGUUGGAUGAAGACAUUCUACAUCUAUUACAGCGUCAAUGGUGUUGACUUUAUUCCAUACACUGAGUACCCUGGUGACCAAACACCUCAUCUGUUCCAUGGCAACACUGACAGUAACACACCUGUGACUAACCUCAUGAACCGUGACAUCAUUGCCCAGUACAUUAAGAUUGUUCCUGUUGAGGCAGGACCUGGUGGUAUUGGUGUUAGAUUUGAUGUUUUGGGUUGCAAACCAGAUAUACCAAAACUAUUGAUCUCUACUCCAGCUCCACAUGUUUCAUCAGUUCCUUCUGGAACAACACAGGCCCCUAAAAUAGUCUGUGACCUCUCCAUGGGCGUCAAUAAUCCAUUGAUUAUUGGAGACAGUCAGCUAUCUUCUUCAUCAUCCCUUGAUUUUUUCCAUGGACCAUCAAGAAGCAGAUUAGACACUGUUCAAUUUGGAUCUUGGGCUGGUGCCUGGUCACCAAGUACCACUGAUGAUACACCUUUCAUCCAAUUAAACCUGUUGUCUUCAUAUCCAAUCUCUGGAGUGACCACUCAAGGAAGUGCUGACCAACCAUCCUGGGUCACCAAAUACACAGUGUACUACAGCAAUGAUGGUACCAACUUCCAGCCAAUCAAAGACAGCUCAGGAAACCUUGUGGUGUUCAAUGGCAACACUGACCAGUACAGCCCAGUAACCAACUUUUUCCCUCAGGUGUCUGCGCAAUACAUUCAGAUCAGACCACUGGAGUCCCACAAUUCCAUAGCACUGAGGUUUAACCUUCUUGGCUGCCACUCACCAACUCCAUCUCCUCCACCAUUCCAGACACCCAGUACUCCCUCCAUCACCUCUCCAAGUGUUCUCUACACACCACCAGAUAUUUAUUGUAACAUUCCGAUGAAUGUUGAUCGACCAUCCAUGAUAACCAAUAUCCAGCUGACAUCAUCUAGUCAGUAUAACUCACUAACAUCAGCUGCAAAUGGAAGACUUGAAAAUACACUUUCUUCAUGGGUCCCUAGCUUCAGUGAUAAAAAUAGGUGGCAUCAAGUAGACUUCUUGACUGCCCAGAACCUGUCUGGUGUUCUUACUCAAGGUAGUCCCAAUAUGGAAAAUUGGGUGACAUCUUUCACACUCAGUACAAGCAUGGAUGGAUUGACAUUCUUCCCUCUACGUUCAGAUGAUGGAAAUAUCAUUGUCUUCAAAGGAAACUCAGAUAAAGAUUCAAUAGUUAGAAAUUAUUUCCCUCAUACAAUUUUCACAAGAUAUAUUCGUCUAGAGCCAUUAACUUGGGCUCCUGAUGGCGCUGGACUAAGGGUUAACUAUAUUGGAUGUUUCUCAUCAUUGGUACCAACACCACGAGCACCUGUACCUGUAGAAACUGACAGUCCAAUACCAAAGACCACAAUGACUACACUGAUACCUAUAAUUGUUCCCACGCCAACAUUUUAUGGCACUUCAAUCUGCAACAAAGAGAUGGGCUUACAAAAUCAAAGAAUUGUCAAUGAUAAUCAGUUGACUGCGUCCUCUUUUGUAGAAAGUCAUGAGCCUGUAUACGCCAGACUUUCACCAGAUAAUUAUGAAAGAUCAUGGAUGCCUUUACGAAGUGACAGUAACCCUUACAUCCAAGUUGAUUUCAAAGAGUUAAAGUUCUUGUCUGGAGUUGUAACACAAGGAGAAGGAAGAGAAGAGAGCUGGGUUACUAAGUACUCAGUCUACUACAGCACUGAUGGUGUGGACUUUUACCCUUACUCGGAGAAACAGGACAAUGUGGCCAAAGAAUUCACAGCCAACACAGACACCAAUACUCCAGUUACCAAUUACUUCACCAAGAAUAUCAUAGCUAGAUAUAUCCGUAUUGUACCAAUCAGUAGCCAUCAAGGUGUUGCACUAAGGCUUGAAAUAUUGGGCUGUAAUCCAUCAUUGGAAAUUCCACCACUUUUAAUUUCAACUCAUCCAACACCAUAUCCCACCAUACCAACCACUACAACAGUAAUCACUGAUAUACCAACACUACCUGGACAGACCAGACCAACAACUUUAACACCCUCACCACAGCCACUGACGACUACCUUUGUAUGUCAAAUACCUAUGGGUGUCAGCAAUCACUAUCAAGUGACAAAUGACCAACUAACUUCAUCAUCUAAUUUGGACCAGAAUCACACAGCUGCUGAUGGAAGACUGUACAACACAAAGUCCAACUCAUCUGGUGGAUCAUGGAUACCUGGGCCUGGAUCUGAUCAAUAUAUCAUGGUGAAAUUAAGUGAACCCAAACUCUUCUCAGGAGUCAUUACACAAGGCAGCCCUGAUUCAUCUCGUUGGGUGAAGACUUUCAACAUCUACUACAGUGUGGAUGGUGUUCACUUUAUACCAUACACUUUGUACCCAGGGGACCAAACUCCUUACCUGUUCCAUGGCAAUAAUGAUAGUAACACACCUGUUCAAAACUUGUUCAACCGUGAAAUUAUUGCCCAGUACAUUAAAAUAGUUCCAGUGGAAGCAGGUCCUGGUGGUAUUGGUCUUAGAUUUGAUGUCUUGGGAUGUAAGCCUGAACUUCCUCCACCAACUAUAGUGACACCAGUCUUGUUUACAGGCCCAACACCAACACCUGGAACUGGCACAACUGUUGUUCCAAUCCUUAGACCUAGCAUCACAUGUGAUCUUCCAAUGGGUAUAAGUAAUCCACUGGUAAUAAGUGACAAGCAACUAACAGCUUCAUCAUAUUUAGAUGCCUUACACUCACCAGCUACAGGAAGGCUUGAGAUGAUGCAGGGAGGCUGGACACCAAGCACAUCUGACAGGUCACCAUACCUCCAAGUGAACUUUUUGUCUCCCCAUUCCAUCUCUGGAGUGACCACUCAAGGAAAUGCUGACCAACCAUCAUGGGUCACCAAGUACAGAAUCUACUAUAGCAAUGACAGCACCAACUUCCAGCCUGUCUUAGAUAGCUCUGGUGACAUAAUGGUGUUCAACGGCAACACAGACCAGCAUACACCAGUGACCCACUUCUUCUCUCCAAUCACAGCUCAGUAUAUUCAGAUCAGACCUGUGGAGGCACAUAAUACAAUAGGGCUUCGAUUUAACUUACUUGGUUGUCAGACACCUGUUCCUACUCCUGUAUCAGUGAUUCUCAAUCCUACUAUUGGACCCCCUACACCUUUUAAAAUACCAGAAGGCAUUGACUGCAACAUCCCUAUGAAUGUUGACAAGCUUUCAUUGAUGCAGAGUAGCCAAUUUUCAUCAUCUAGUCAAUUGACCUCAGUCACUACAGCAGCAGACGGCAGAUUAAACUCAGUUUCUUCUUGGAUACCAGCUUCAGCUGACAGAAACCAAUGGCUUCAGGUGGACUUUUUGACAAAACAGAACCUCUCUGGCAUCCUGACACAAGGUAGCCCCUUUGCUGGCAAGUGGGUUUCAUCUUAUACCAUCAGCACAAGUCUGGAUGGGCAAAACUUUUAUCCCAUCAGUGACCAGAAUGGUAAUACGAUCGUCUUUGCUGGAAAUUCAGAUGAAAAUACAGUGAAGAGAAACUAUUUUCCAAAUAUGAUUGUUGCCAGAUAUAUUCGUAUUUCUCCAAUGACUUGGUCAGUUAAUGGUCCUGGUUUGAGACUUAACUACAUAGGCUGCUUUUCUUUAUUCUACCCAACUCCACGACCAACCCUGCCAGCUAUAUUUGAAGAAUCAACUGUGAUUACAGUCAGUCCAACACCACAUGUUGUUCCUCCACUGGAUGUACCUGUUUGUUCUAAAGAAAUGGGCCUAACAAAGCAGACUAUUGUUGAUGACAAGCAAAUAACAGCAUCUUCAAGUAACGCCAGACAUGAGCCUCAAUAUGCCAGAUUGUCAACUUGGAAUUACCAGAGUUCUUGGAUGCCUAAACCAAGUGACAGUAACCCUUACAUCCAAGUUGAUUUCAAAGAGUUAAAGUUCUUGUCUGGAGUUGUAACACAAGGAGAAGGAAGAGAAGAGAGCUGGGUUACUAAGUACUCAGUCUACUACAGCACUGAUGGUGUGGACUUUUACCCUUACUCGGAGAAACAGGACAAUGUGGCCAAAGAGUUCACAGCCAACACAGACACCAAUACUCCAGUCACCAAUUACUUCACCAAGAAUAUCAUAGCUAGAUAUAUCCGUAUUGUACCACUCAGUAGCCAUCAAGGUGUUGCACUAAGGCUUGAAGUACUUGGCUGUAAUCCAUCCAUGGAAAUGCCACCACUUUUAAUUUCAACUCAUCCAACACCAUAUCCCACUAUACCAACCACUACAACAGUAAUCACUGAUAUACCAACACUACCUGGACAGACCAGACCAACAACUUUAACACCCUCACCACAGACACUGACAACUACUUUUGAAUGUUUGAUUCCAAUGGGUGUUAGUAAUCACUAUCAAGUGACAAAUGACCAACUGACUUCAUCCUCCAACAUUGACCAGACUCACACUGCAGCUGAUGGCAGACUUUACAAUAUAAAGUCCAACUCAUCUGGUGGAUCAUGGAUUCCUGGGCCUGGAUCUGAUCAAUAUAUCAUGGUGAAAUUUAGUGAGCCUAAGCUAUUGUCUGGAGUUGUAACACAAGGCAGCCCUGAUUCCUCUCGUUGGGUGAAGACAUUUAACAUCUACUACAGUGUCAAUGGUGUGGACUUUAUUCCAUACACUUUGUACCCUGGUGACCAGACCCCUCACCUGUUCCAUGGCAAUAAUGACAGUAACACACCUGUUCAAAACUUGUUCAAUCGUGAAAUCAUUGCCCAAUAUAUCAAGAUAGUUCCAGUGGAAGCAGGUCCUGAUGGUAUUGGUCUUAGAUUUGAUGUCCUGGGAUGUAAGCCUGAACUUCCUCCACCAAACAUAAUCACUCCCCCUCCUCUGAUCAUUGGACCAACACCAACACCUGAAACUGGUUCAACUGUAGGGCCAACACUUAAACCAGAAAUAGUUUGUGAUUUGCCAAUGGGAAUAGUCGACCCACUUGUUGUCUCCAAUAACCAGUUGACAGCCUCCAGCUCAUUGAAUGGCUAUUAUGGACCCUCUCGUGCUAGACUGUAUUUAAAUUCCAAUGGUCCAUAUUCAGGUGGAUGGUCUCCUAGUAAGUCAGAUAAUGCACCCUACAUCCAAGUGGACUUCCUGUCACCAUAUCCAAUCUCUGGAUUGACCACUCAAGGAAGUGCAGACCAGCCAUCUUGGGUCACUAAGUACACAGUAUACUACAGCAAUGACAGUACCAGCUUCCAGCCAAUCAAAGAUGCCUCUGGCAGCCCUAAGAUUUUUGGUGGCAAUAUUGACCAAUACACUCCAGUGACGAACUUCUUCCCAGUCAUUGCAGCGAGAUACCUCCAGAUUAGACCAGUCGAGUCUCAUGGUUCCACUGUUCUGAGAUUCAAUGUUCUGGGAUGUCAGACUCCAUCCCCAACACCUAUCCCACCUAAACAUGAGUCAACCACAUUAUCACCUACAACUCCUACUCCACCUCCAGCCCUCACUGGCAGCACACCUUUGGUUUUGACACCAUUCCUUAUUAAGCCAAAUGUUCUGUGCAAUAUCCCAUUGGAAGUGGACCGACCUUAUGUAAUAGCUAACAAUCAACUCACAUCCUCCAGUCAACUUAGUCCACAGACUUCAGCAGCUGAUGGAAGAUUAGAGAAUACUUUAUCAUCAUGGAUACCAGGAACUACUGAUAAACAUUUGUGGCAUCAAGUUGACUUCAAGACACCUCAGAAUUUAUCAGGCAUUCUCACCCAAGGAAGCCCAAAUGCUGAAAGAUGGGUGACAUUCUUCACUGUCAGCACAAGUAUGGAUGGUCUCACAUUUUUCCCAGUAAAAGAUAAUCAAGGCAAAACUGUCGUGUUCUCUGGCAACUCAGAUAAGGACUCCAUCAAGAGAAAUUAUUUUUCACAUAUGAUUGUCACAAGAUUCAUUAGGGUUGAGCCCCUUGCUUGGGCACCAAGUGGCCCCGGCCUUAGGCUAAACUACAUUGGCUGUUUCUCAACAAAUGUUCCAACACCCAAACCAACUGUGCCUUUCAUCAUAGAGACACCUGCUCCACCUUCUGUUACGCCUGGACUUCACCCGCAGAUUACACCAACACCUAAACCUAUUACAUUGGUUACUCCGCCAAACAUCAAUGAACUAUUGUGUGAUAAAGAAAUGGGAUUACAGAACCUCAGAAUUAUUCAAGACAGUCAAAUUACAGCUUCAUCUAGUAGCAGUCAUCAUGGACCUGAACUUGCAAGACUUCUAGAAGGAUCCUAUCAGGGUUCUUGGAUGCCUUUGAGCACUGACACUGCACCUUACAUACAAGUAGACUUUCAGGAGCCCAAGUUUUUGUCUGGCCUUAUAACACAAGGUGAAGGAGCUGAGCAACGGUGGGUUACUUCCUUCCAGUUGUUUACCAGUCUUGAUGGUGUGGAUUUCACUCCUUACUCUGAGAAGCAGGAUGGAGUCACAAAGACAUUUAUUGCAAACACUGACACCAGUACAGCAGUCACCAACUAUUUUGUCAAGAAUAUCAUCACACGCUAUCUUCGCAUUGUCCCCACCAGCAGCAACAUUGGGGUUGCUUUGAGAUUUGAAGUUCUUGGCUGUAAUCCUUCCUUGGAAGUGCAAAGCAUCUUCACCCGAGCACCUAUGUACUCCACCACAAGUACAGCAGCACCAACACUUCCAUCUGGACAAACCUUUGCACCAACCUUUACAACACCACUAGAGAUUCCACCACCCAAAGUGUGUCUGAUUCCAAUGGGACUUACUAAUCAUUACAUUGUUACAAAUGAUCAGAUGAGUUCUUCAUCCAACCUGGACAAGACUCAUACUGCCUCAGAUGGCAGACUCUAUAGUACUAGGACUGAAAGUACUGGGGGCUCUUGGAUUCCUUCGUCUACAACAAAUCAGUGGAUCACUGUCAACUUUAAUGAGCCCAAGCUAUUGUCUGGAGUUGUAACACAAGGCAGCCCUGAUUCAGCUCAUUGGGUGAAGACAUUCAACAUCUAUUACAGCUUCAAUGGAGUUGACUUUUUUCCAUACACUGAACACCCUGGUGACCAAACACCUUACCUUUUCCAUGGCAAUAAUGACAGUAACACACCUGUAAGAAACUUACUCAACCGUGAGAUCAUUGCCCAAUACAUAAGGAUAGUUCCAGUUGAAGCAGGCCCAAGUGGUAUUGGGCUGAGAUUUGAUGUCCUAGGAUGUAAUCCUGACAUCAUGGUCCCAACCCUACCACCUAUUCAAACAACAGUAGUCACUCCAACUCCUGGUACCGGGCCAACACCUAGUCCUAAUACUGCAGUCACACUUGAGCCGCCAACCUUACCACCUCGCAUCACGUGUGAUGUACCUAUGGGCUUGACAAAUCCUUUCGUCAUUGGUAAUCAACAACUGACUGCUUCCUCCUCACUUGACAUAUAUCAUGGACCAACAAGAGGAAGACUUGACACCAAUACAGAUGGUUCCUGGGCUGGAGGCUGGUCCCCAAGUCUCAGUGACAGUAGCCCAUACAUCCAAGUGAACUUCCUCAAGUCAUACAAGAUCUCUGGAAUCAUCACACAAGGCACUGCAGGAAUACCAAACUGGGUCACAAACUAUGCUGUUUACUACAGCACUGAUGGCACCUUCUUUAGACCGGUGAAAGAUAGUGCAGGCAAUCCCAUCAUAUUUAAUGGAAACACUGACCAGUAUGCCCCAGUGACAAAUGUUUUCGCACCUGUUGAUGCCCAAUAUGUGCAGAUUCGACCUCUGGACUUCCAGGGUACACUUGGUUUGAGGUUUGAUGUCUUGGGAUGUGAGAGCCCUGUGCCAACUCCACCCACAACUAUUUCAACUCAGUCCACUCCCACUGCCAAACCGACAUUUGGAACUGGCACCACACCAACACCACCCACUGUUCAUUUUGGCAGUACACCAACUAACCUUCCACCAUUUUUGACACCGCCAGGUAUCAUGUGCAAUGUUCCCAUGAAUGUGGAUCUGCCAAACCUUGUCCCAGUGAAUCAAUUUUCUUCAUCAUCUAACUUGGACAUUAUGUCUACUGCUUCUGCUGGUAGACUUAAUAACAAAUUGAGUUCUUGGAUUCCAGACAACUCUGACAAUUAUCCAUGGCAUCAAGUGGAUUUCUUGCGACCUCAGAAUUUAUCUGGUGUUCUAACACAAGGCAGCCCUAAUACUGAAAGAUGGAUUACUGCAUUCACAGUCAGCACAAGCAUGGAUGGAUACACUUUCUACCCUGUACGUGGAAAUGAUGGAAAGAUUACAGUCUUCUCUGGAAACUCAGACAAGGACUCUAUCAAGAGAAACUAUUUCCAACAUCCUGUCAUUGCAAGAUACAUUCGAAUUGAACCAAUCUCCUGGUCACCUUAUGGUUCUGGUUUAAGAGUCAACUACAUUGGAUGUUUUACCACCUCUUAUGCAACUCCUCACCCCACAGAAAAAUUUGAACAGCCACCUGUGGUCAUUCCUACCAUUCCAGUGGGUUCAACAGUUUUUACUGCUACCCCAAGCCCAGUAAGCACAGUCGGUUCCACACAAGUUCCUGUUCCCACCUUGCCACCUUUAUGCCAUGUUCUUAUGGGAGUCAAUGACCAAACAGUAAUUACAGAUGACCAAAUAAUAUCUUCAACAAACUCGUACAAACAUGGAUCAGAGCUAGGCAGAUUUUUACAGAAUGGCUACCAAGGAUCAUGGAUGCCAUCGAACAAUGACAAUGACCCAUUUAUUCAGGUGGAUUUCUUGGAACCUAAGUAUCUGUCUGGUGUAGUGACACAGGGAGAAGGUGCAGAGAACAGAUGGGUGACACAAUACGAAGUCUACAUGAGUGUCGAUGGUGAAAACUUUUAUCCUUACUCUGAGAGACAAGAUGGCGAGCCCACUACCUUCAAGGCUAACAAUGACUCUAGUACACCUGUAGCCAACUACUUCAUGAAGAACAUUCUUGCUAGAUACAUUCGCCUGAAGCCAUCUGGUAAUCAUAAUGGUACAGCUAUGAGGUUUGAUAUUAUUGGAUGUAACCCAUCCAAGCCAAGUCUGUUGAUCUCAACACGACCCACAGAGUACUCUCAGCCACCAACCAUUCAUCCAACCACUUUACCUUCUGGAGCUACACCUGGAGAAACAUUGACCACCAUACCAAUACCAAAAACAACAGUUUGCCUAAUCCCCAUGGGUGUAAACAGUCAUCACCUGAUUCUGGAUAAUCAGCUGACUUCUUCCUCCUACAAAGACAUCAUGCACUCUGCUUCCCAUGCUCGACUUGACAGUCCAAAGACACCAAUUUCAGGCGGAUCAUGGAUCCCUGGACAAGAAAGCCAGUCUUGGAUCAUGGUGAACUUCUUGGAGCCUAAACUUCUUUCUGGGAUCAUUACUCAAGGUAGCCCUGAUUUUCCUCGCUGGGUGGAGAGAUACUCAGUCUACUACAGUCUGAAUGGUAAAGACUUCACUCCCUACACUGAAAGUCCAAAUGGUAGGACACCAUAUGUUUUCUAUGCCAACUCAGACCAAACUACACCAAUAAGGAACCUGUUCAAUCGUGACAUCAUUGCCCAGUACAUUAAAAUUGUUCCACAACAGUCUGCACCAGCUGGUGCAGGUCUGAGGUUUGAGCUGCUAGGAUGUAAUCCAACGCCAUUCAUGCCUCCUGUGACUGAGCCUGUGCCAAUAGGCUUAGAGACUACACCAACAUAUGGACCACCAACUAUGCCACAAUACUGUGAUGUUCCAAUGGGUCUUACCAACCCUUUAAUAGUAGGUAACUCUCAGAUAACUUCCUCUAGUAACAUGGAUCAUUUGCAUGGACCCACAAGAGGUAGACUCUACACUGAUGUAGAUGACCCAUUGGGAGGUGCAUGGUCACCAUAUGUGUCUGACAAGAAUCAGUACAUUCAAGUGGACUUCCUGGCACCAUACCAAGUCUCAGCAGUGGUUACACAAGGGUCACCUGAGUUUCCUUUCUGGGUAACCAAGUACACUGUUUACUACAGCACAGAUGGCAUCAACUAUUACCCUGUGGUCGACAGCUCAGGAAAGCCGACUAUCUUCAAUGGUAACACAAACCAGCACACCCCUGUGACCAACUACUUUUCCACUGUAGUUGCCCAGUUUAUCCAGAUUCGACCAGUUGACUUCAGUGAAGCCAUAGGUUUGAGGUUUGAUGUCUAUGGCUGCAAAUCACCCCCUAUGACUCCUGUCCCAACAACGAAAACCACAGAACUAACUACAACUCCAGCCACCCCACCUCCUCUCUGCAUGUCAGGUUGGUCGUCAUGGAUAAACAGGGUUGAUCCUGCAGAGGGCUCUGGAGACUUUGAAAAAAUGACUGCGGAAGAGGCAGCCAAAUUUUGUCAUGGAGGCAUACUUUCCAAGGUGGAGUGUAUUGAUGCAGAGACAGGUGAUAACUUUGAGAGCCUUUCUGAAGCCACAUGCACAGUUACUGAUGGCUUGAUCUGUAAUAAUGACCCAGAAUUGAGCAUUGUCUGUCGAAACUACAAGAUACGUUAUGAGUGUCAGUGCACAGCAACACCAACACCAGGUGUUCCCCAGGAAACUAAUCCAACUACUAAAAUGCCCAUCAUAACACCUCCAGGUGUCUACUUGUCUUGUAAUAUUCCCAUGAAUGUCGAUCUGCCUGUUUACUUACCUGAUAAUAAAAUUACUGCAUCCAGUAGUUUAAGUCCUCAAACAACAGCACAUAAUGGUAGACUUCACAAUGAGUAUACUUCCUGGAUACCAGCUAUUGCUGAUCAGUACCAGUGGCUACAGAUAGACUUUAGCUCACCCCAGAACCUGUCUGGUGUGCUAACACAAGGUAGUCCCAAUGCCGAGAGAUGGGUCUCUUCCUACAUUAUCAGCACCAGCUUAGAUGGCCACACAUUCUUCCCUGUGGUUGACAGUGAUGGCAAUGUGAUUAUUUUCAAUGGGAACACAGACAAAGACUCAGUCAUUAGAAACUACUUCCCACAUGUUAUGGUUGCUAGAUAUGUUCGUCUUCAGCCUCUUACUUGGUCUCCUAAUGGCCCAGGGUUAAGACUUAACUACAUUGGAUGUUUCUCAGUGAUCACUCCAAGGCCAGAAGUAACAUUGCCCCCUGCUACAAUGUCCACUCCACCACUUAUUACUUUCAGUACUAUCACAGCUGAAAUCAAUGUUCCAACUAUUCCUCCAUCCUUCACUACUCAAGCCCCAGUUUGCAACAAAGAAAUGGGCUUGCAAGAUCAAAGAAUUGUUAGUGAUUCUCAAAUAACUGCAACUUCUGGUAAGAGAUUCCAUGGCCCUGAGUUGGCAAGAGUUUCAAAGACAUACUACCAGAGCUCUUGGCAACCUCUAGACUCUGACUUUUCACCUUACAUCCAAGUGAACUUUUUGGAGCCAAAGUUCCUUUCUGGCAUUGUUACUCAAGGCGAGGGUGCAGAACAGAUAUGGACUACUCAGUACGAAGUCUAUUACAGCUACAAUGGUGUUGACUUCAUUCCCUAUUCCGACAAACAGGAUGGUUCACAAAAGGUGUUCACUGCCAAUACAGACUCUAAUACUCUUGUGACCAACUAUUUUUCUAGGAACAUCAUUGCUCAGUACAUCCGUCUGGUACCUGUCAAUGGACACAAUGGAAUCGCCUUAAGGUUCGAUGUCCUUGGAUGCAACCCAUCUAACCCCUCUACACAUGGCACAACCCAUGCUCCACCAUACUCUACUCCCGCACCACCCAGUACUGAAGCUCCAACACUGAAGCCACCAACUCUUCCACCAGGAGUGAGCACCCUCACACCGCCAACUUUAACACCACCACCAUCAAGAACCUGCCAGAUCCCAAUGGGACUCAACAGCCAUUAUUUAGUGCUAGAUGAGCAGCUGACUUCAUCCAGUAACAUUGAUGGUACACACACUGCUUCUGAUGGUAGACUAUAUCAGAGUCACACUAACACAUCUGGGGGCUCAUGGAUACCAAGCUCAAGCACACAACAGCAGUGGAUUAUGGUCAACUUCCAGGAGCCUAAACAAAUUGCUGGUGUGGUCACUCAAGGCAGCCCUGAUGUGCCUCGAUGGGUGCAGUCUUUCAAUGUCUACUAUAGUUUGGAUGGACUUACCUUUUCACCAUACACGGACUACCCUGGUGAGAGCACACCUUAUCUCUUCAAUGGCAACAAAGAUGGCACCACGCCAGUAACAAACCUGUUCAACCGUGACAUAAUUGCACAGUACAUCAAGAUUGUCCCAGUCCAGAAAGCUCCUGGCGGUGCUGGUUUGAGAUUUGAUGUUUUAGGAUGCUACCCUAAACAGCCGACAGUGACAAUAUCACAAGUGACAAUCACACCACCCCCUCUAAAUGUUCCUACAACACCUGGAUCUGGACCCACACCAAAGCCCACUUUGCCUCCAACAAUAACCUGUGACAUACCAAUGGGUGUUACUAAUCCUCAAAUUAUAAUUGACAAGCAGCUGAGUGCCUCCUCCUCUCUAGAUGUUAGCCACAAUCCAUCCAGAGGAAGAUUAUACUUUGACACUGAUGGCACUCUGGCUGGAGGCUGGUCACCUAGUGUUGCUGAUAGAACACCCUAUAUCCAAGUGGACUUCCUGUCUCCAUAUCAAAUCUCUGGAGUGACCACUCAAGGAAGUGCUGACAAACCAUCCUGGGUUACCAAAUACACCGUGUACUACAGCAAUGACAGCAUCAACUUUCAGCCUGUUAGAGACAACUCUGGCAACCCUCUUGUGUUCAGUGGUAACACUGACCAGUACACGCCAGUGACACAUUUCUUCCCAACUGUUUUGGCCCAGUACAUUCAGAUUAGACCAGUGGAAUCCCAUAAUUCAGUAGCUCUUAGAUUUGAUUUGUUUGGCUGUAGAGCUCCCACUCCUACACCUAUCAUUCCACUAAUUCAGUCUACCCAAACUCCUAAUAUUCCUGGCUAUACCACCCAAUCACCAUCUCCUGGUGUCUUUGGUAGUACACCGACUCCUGGAGUACCUUUCACAACAAAACCAGGAGUAAUCUGUAAUGUCCCUAUGAAUGUUAACAAUCCAAGUAUCAUACCUAACACUCAGAUGACAUCUUCAAGCAAUUCAGGACCACAGACAACAGCAGCAGAUGGUAGAUUGGAUAACAGAUUGAGCUCUUGGAUUCCAGGAAUAGUUGACAUGUACCAGUGGCAUCAAAUAGAUUUCAAGACACCACAGAAUUUAUCUGGUGUCCUCACUCAAGGAAGUCCCAACUCUGAGAAAUGGAUCUCAUCAUUUACCAUCAGUACCAGCAUGGAUGGCUACACUUUCUUCCCAGUAGUUAAUGACAACAAGCAAGUUGUUCUGUAUAAUGCCAACUCAGACAAAGAUUCAAUCAUUAGAAAUUAUUUCCCACGUCCAAUUGUUGCUAGAUUUGUGAAAUUGAUUCCUGUCACAUGGGCACCAGAUGGUCCUGGGUUAAGAGUGAACUACAUUGGUUGUUCAUUUGAGACUGGUGUACCCACUGUGCCAUUUGUAGUCAACACUCCACCGACCAUUCACCCACCCAUCACUGUUAGCCCAACACCCAUGGGAGGUGUAAAUACAAUAGAACCAGUAUGUACAAAGAGCAUGGGCUUACAAAAUCAAAGAAUCAUCUCAGAUUCCCAAAUAACAGCUUCAUCCAGUGCCAGUGGUCAUGGGCCUGAACUUGCCAGACUUUCCAAGUUUUAUGAAGGUUCCUGGAUGCCAGCCAUCACAGAUACAGCACCUUAUAUCCAAGUUGACUUCCAAGAGUUGAAAUAUUUAUCUGGUGUGAUCACACAAGGUGAAGGUGUGGCUGACAGAUGGACUAGGGAAUAUGAAGUCUACUUAAGCACAGAUGGCUCACACUUUUAUCCAUACUCUGACAAACAGGACGGAGUGCCCAAAUCAUUUAAAGCCAAUGCUGACUCAAAUACUCCAGUCACAAACUACUUUAUGCAGAAUGUUUUUGCUAGAUAUAUUAGAAUUGUCCCCAUAGACAAACAUUUUGGCUAUGCCCUCAGGUUCGAUGUCAUUGGAUGUAAUCCAUCACAAGAAAUACCCUUACUGACAACAAGAGCACCACUUUAUUCUAUACCUACACAGCCAACAACUCAAAGUCCAACACUCCCUGAUCAUCAGACUGGAAGUACUUUAGCUCCAUCACCAUCAACUCUUCCACCUAUUGAUGUAUGUCUUGUUCCCAUGGGAGUGAGUAGCCAUUAUCUUGUAAGAGAUGACCAACUGACCUCAUCCUCCAACAUUGACCAGAAUCACACAGCAGCUGAUGGCAGACUGUACAACACAAAGUCCAACUCAUCUGGUGGAUCAUGGAUACCUGGAGCACAACAGCAGCAGUGGCUAAUGGUAAACUUUAAUAAGCCAACACUUCUGUCAGGGGUAGUGACACAAGGCAGCCCAGAUUCAUCUCGUUGGGUGAAGACAUUCAACAUCUACUACAGUGUCAAUGGUGUGGACUUUAUUCCAUACACUUUGUACCCAGGAGACCAAACACCUUACCUGUUCCAUGGCAAUAAUGACAGUAACACACCUGUGAGAAACUUACUCAACCGUGAAAUCAUUGCCCAGUACAUUAGGAUUGUUCCAGUUGAAGCAGGACCUGGUGGCAUUGGCCUACGAUUUGAUGUUCUUGGAUGUAUUCCACAAACACCACUAAUUGUGACCCCAAUACCACAUGUCAUAGAGCCACCAACACCAACUCAGGGAACUGGGUCAACACUUGUACCAACAUUGCCACCUAUUAUUACCUGUGAUAUACCAAUGGGUGUGACAAAUCCAAUGGUUGUCCAUGACAUGCAGCUGUCAUCUUCUUCAGUAUUGGAUAGUUUGCAUGGACCAACAAGAGGAAGACUCAAUACUUAUCAAGAUGGUUCUCUAGCUGGAGGAUGGGCCCCAAGCAAAUCUGACAAUUCACCCUUCAUCCAAGUGGACUUCCUGUCUCCAUAUCAAAUCUCUGGAGUGACCACUCAAGGAAGUGCUGACCAACCAUCCUGGGUCACUAAAUACACUGUGUACUACAGCAAUGACAGCAUCAACUUUCAGCCUGUUAGAGACAACUCUGGCAACCCUCUUGUGUUCAGUGGUAACACUGACCAGUACACGCCAGUGACACAUUUCUUCCCAACUGUUUUGGCCCAGUACAUUCAGAUUAGACCAGUGGAAUCCCACAAUUCAGUAGCUCUGAGGUUUGAUUUGUUUGGCUGUAAAGCUCCAGUUCCUCUGUUUGUUCCACCAAUACACUCAACCUCAACUUUGGUGCCUACCAUCAAUGAAAAAACAACUUUAACACCACCAGCAGGUCACACUGAUACCACUAAAGGACCUACAGAAGUUCCAAUACCUACUCUGCCAGGAAUGACCUGUAAUGUCCUAAUGAAUGUAGAUAAACCAACUGUAUUGCCCAACAGUUUACUUACUGCUUCAAGUACUCUUAACUUACAAUCAACUGCUGCUGAUGGACGUCUAGACAAUGCAUUGUCUUCAUGGAUUCCAGGAAUUAUUGACAACAAUCAGUGGCAUCAGGUAGACUUCCAGACACCACAAAACUUGUCUGGUGUCAUCACCCAAGGUAGUCCUAACACUGAACGCUGGGUCUCGUCCUUUGCAAUCAUGACAAGUAUGGAUGGUCUGACAUUCUUCCCAGUAACCAAUGUGGAUGGCUCUGUUGUCAUGUUUAAUGCCAACACAAAUAAAGACACAGCAAUUAAAAACUAUUUCCCCCAUACCCUGGUUGCUAGAUUUGUGCGUCUUAUACCCCAAACAUGGGCUCCAACUGGACCUGGCUUGAGAGUGAAUUACAUCGGAUGCUUUUCUUCUGCCAUCCCAACUCUCCAUACUGUUCCAACCAGCAUACUACUUCCACCAACCACACCUUUGAUAUAUAUAGAAACACCACCUGUCAUAAACAGCCCUACUCCAACUCCACAAGUCACUUCAGCUCCACAAGUCACAUAUGAUCUUUUAUGUUCCAAAAACAUGGGUGUACAGGAUCAGAGAAUUGUUUUAGAUUCUCAAAUAACUGCAUCUUCAAGUGCCAGCAACCAUGGACCAGAACUUGGCAGACUCUCAGAGUAUUAUGAAGGUUCCUGGAUGCCUCUCCUAACUGAUCAAGAGCCCUACAUUCAAGUAGACUUCCAGGAUCUGAAAUUCCUGUCUGGUGUCAUAACACAAGGUGAAGGUCAGAAAGACAGCUGGACAUCAGAAUAUCAAGUAUACUUAAGCACCAAUGGCAAGGACUUCUAUCCCUACUCUGACAGACAAGAUGGCAUUCCCAAAGUGUUCAGCGCUAAUGAUGACAAUAACACACCUAGAACAAACUAUUUUGUCAAGAACAUCAUUGCAAGAUACAUUCGUAUUGUGCCCAUUGGCAGCCACAGAGAUGUGUCAUUGAGGUUUGAAAUACUUGGCUGUAAUCCUAACCCAAUUUCUCAAGUCACAAUACGAGUACCUUUAUAUGUGUACACUACUAGCCCAGUACCAUCCACUCUCACACCAUCCAUCCACCAGGGUGGCAGCACACAAUCUCCAACACCACCAACCUUGACCACUCCUGCUGUAUGUACCAUCCCCAUGGGUCUGAGCAGCCAUUACCUAAUUAGAAAUGACCAACUGACCUCAUCGUCCAACAUAGACCAGACACACACAGCAGGUGAUGGUAGACUUUACAACACAAAGUCAAACUCAUCUGGCGGAUCAUGGAUUCCUGGGUCUGAAACAAAUCAAUGGAUCACUGUCAACUUUAAUGAGCCCAGACUUUUGUCUGGAGUUGUGACACAAGGCAGCCCAGAUUCAACUCGUUGGGUGAAGACAUUUAACAUCUACUAUAGUGUGGAUGGUGUUCACUUUAUACCAUACACUUUGUACCCUGGUGAUCAAACUCCUUACCUGUUCCAUGGCAACAAUGACAGUAACACACCUGUAAGAAACCUGUUCAAUCGUGAAAUCAUUGCCCAGUAUAUUAAGAUUGUUCCAGUGGAGGCAGGGCCAGGCGGCAUAGGACUAAGAUUUGAUGUCUUGGGAUGUACACAGCUACAACCACCUAUACAGACCCCAACACCACAUGGUGUAGUAAUGACAACAACACUAACACCUGGAACGGGCACAACAUUGGCACCAACUCUACCAGCUACAAUAAAUUGUGAUAUUCCUAUGGGUCUGACCAAUCCCAUGGUUAUCAAUGACAAACAGCUGUCAUCAUCUUCAGUACUGGAUACAUUACAUGGACCAACCAGAGGGAGACUUUCAACAUAUGCAGAUGGAUCUCUAGCAGGAGGAUGGUCUCCAAGCACCACUGACAAUACUCCAUUCAUCCAAGUGGAUUUCCUGUCCUCUUAUCCAAUCUCUGGAGUAACCACUCAAGGAAGUGCUGAUCAACCAUCCUGGGUCACCAAAUACACAGUGUACUACAGCACAGAUGGUACCUACUUCAGACCAGUCAGAGAUGUAACAGGCAACCCAAUUAUCUUCAAUGGCAACAGUGACCAGAACACACCAAAGACCAACUUUUUCCCUACCAUCUCAGCACAAUUUAUACAAAUUCGUCCAGUUGAGUCCCACAAUUCAAUAGCGCUGAGGUUUGACUUGUUUGGCUGCAAAGCUCCAAAUCCAACCUUUGUGCCUCCCACGCCCUACUCACCAACUCUGGCGCCAACAAUUUCAACAAUCACAACUGCAGCACCAAACACUGUAAAUCCUCCAUCCAUUACCACUCAUGGACCUUACAUAUUAGUCCCUAAUGUUCCUGACAUGUUAUGCAACGUGCCCAUGAAUGUUGAUGUGCCCACUAUGAUGCCCCCAAGCCACUUCCAGUCCUCCUCUCACUCUACACCACAGACAGCAGCUUCAGAAGGCAGGCUUAACUCUGUUUCAUCCUGGAUACCUCUUCUUGCUGAUCAGAACCAGUGGCACCAAGUUGACUUUGGCACUGCUCAGAACUUAUCUGGCAUAUUAACACAAGGUAGCCCUAACGUUGACCGAUGGGUUUCAUCAUUUAGUAUCAGUACCAGUAUGGAUGGCUACACUUUCUUCCCAAUCAGAGGCAAUGAUGGAAAGCGUUUGAUCUUUACUGGCAACUAUGACAAGAAUACAUUGGUUAGGAACUAUUUCCCUCAUCUUAUUGUGGCUCGCUACAUACGCUUGGAACCAGUAACGUGGUCACCCAAUGGACCAGGGUUGAGGCUCAAUUACAUUGGUUGUUUCUCUGUUGCUGUGCCAACACCUAGACCAACUCUUGCAGCCAUUACUCUAGGACCAACAUUUAGCACCCCUAAAGUGACUACCACAAACCAACCACCUUCUGAUUCUCCCAUGCCUAGCACAAGAGCACCCACAGAAAAACCAUUGUGUAUUAAAGAAAUGGGUGUACAAAACCAGCAAAUUAUUCAAGACUCACAAAUCACUGCUUCAUCAUCAACACCUAACCAUGGCCCAGGAUAUGGAAGGCUUUCACCUAGUGACUAUCUAGGAUCUUGGAUACCCCUUGCAACUGAUCAGUCCCCAUAUAUCCAAGUGGACUUCAAAGAAGUUAAGCUGCUCUCUGGUGUUGUGACACAAGGUGAAGGUCAUGAGGACAAAUGGGUUUCCAGCUACAAAAUAGAGACAAGUGUAGAUGGUGUCCACUUCUAUCCAUACUCAGAUAACCAAGAUGGUGUGGCCAAGAUAUUUAAAGCCAAUGUGGAUACUAACUCACCUGUGGCCAAUUUUUUCAACCUGAAUCUACUUGCUCAGUUUAUACGCAUCAUCCCAGUCAGGAGCCACUCUGCUGUAGCCAUGCGAUUGGAUGUUUUUGGCUGUAACCCAUCUACUCCUAGAAUUGAUGGCAGUACUCAUGCUCCGCUGUAUACCACACAAUCUAAACCAACCACAGGAGUUCCUAAUAUUCCACCACAGUUAUCUGAAUGUACUAUACCAAUGGGUCUGUCCAGCCACUACUUGGUAACUGAUGACCAAAUAACAUCCUCAUCUAACAUUAACACCAACCACUCAGCUUUUGAGGGAAGACUCUAUAACCAACCUUCUACCACUUCUGGUGGAUCGUGGAUUCCAAGUUCUGGAGUCAAUCAGUGGAUCACUGUCAACUUUAAUGAGCCCAAACUUUUGUCUGGAGUUGUGACACAAGGCAGCCCAGAUUCUUCUCGUUGGGUCAAGACAUUCAACAUCUACUACAGUGUCAAUGGUGUGGACUUUAUUCCAUAUACUUUGUACCCAGGGGACCAAACUCCUUACCUGUUCCAUGGCAACAAUGACAGUAACACACCUGUAAGAAACUUACUCAACCGUGAGAUCAUUGCCCAGUACAUUAGGAUUGUUCCAGUUGAGGCAGGACCUGGUGGUAUUGGUUUAAGGUUUGAUGUACUUGGCUGUCAACCACCAACACCUCCACCCAUCAUUCUAAAACCCCCAAUAGAUGUUCAUACUGGAUCAACACUAGCACCACAUCUGACUACUAAACCAACAUGUGAUAUUCCAAUGGGUCUCACCAACCCUCUGGUCAUUAGUAAUACGCAGUUGACGGCAUCCUCCUCCCUUGAUAUCCUACACUAUCCUUCUAGAGGUAGACUCUACACAAGUAAAGAUGGCUCACUAGCUGGAGGCUGGUCACCAAGUGCUACUGAUAAUUCACCAUACAUUCAAGUAGAUUUCUUAACUCCUUAUCUAAUCUCUGGUGUGGUCACUCAAGGAAGUGCUGACCAACCAUCAUGGGUCACCAAGUACACAGUUUACUAUAGCACAGAUGGUACCAAAUUUGAGCCAGUUAGAGACAACUCUGGAAACCGAAUUAUAUUCAAUGGAAACACUGAUCAGUACACCCCAGUAUCCAAUUUCUUCACACCUGUUGAAGCUAGAUAUAUUCAAAUUAGACCAGUUGAGGCUCAUGAGUCUAUUGGAUUGCGAUUCAAUGUGUUUGGCUGCCAGGCACCAACCCCACUUCCAUACAUUAAUGACGUCACACCAACACCUGCAAUAAAGUCAACAGCUCCCACUGUAACACCAUUCCCACCAUCUAUAGGCACUAUUUGCAAUGUUCCAAUGGAGGUUGAGUUCCAUGGAUCACUGCCUGACUCUCAGUUAUCUGCUUCAAGUUCUGCUGGUCCACUUACUUCAGCUGCAUCUGGACGACUUUUCAACAAAUAUACAUCUUGGAUUCCAGCCACCUCUGACCAGAACAAAUGGUUGCAAGUUGAUUUCUUGAGACCAGAGGAGUUGUCUGGUAUUCUCACACAGGGUAGUCCUAAUGCAGACAAAUGGGUCUCAAGCUACACCAUUAGCACUAGUUUAGACGGCUAUAACUUUUAUCCCAUUCGUAACAGUGAUGACAAGGUUAUUGUCUUUUAUGGCAAUUCUGAUAAGGAUGCUGUCAUGAGAAAUUACUUCCCUCGCGUUAUCGUAACAAGAUAUGUAAGAAUAGUACCAGUAACCUGGGCACCAGAUGGUCCAGGCUUGAGAAUCAACUAUAUUGGCUGCUUUUCAUCCACGUACUCCACUCUCAGACCACCUGUUCCAUUUAUUAAUGAUGUGACACCAACAACUGCUGUCCCAACAGGACUUGUCACAUCCCCAACCAAGGCACCAGUCUGUGGUCGGCCCAUGGGCUUGGAAAAUCAAAGAAUUGUUGAAGAUAAACAGAUCAGUGCAUCCAGCAGUGCUCCACAACAUGGCCCAGAAAAGGCUAGACUGUCUGAGUAUGGCUACAUGGGAUCUUGGCAACCAGCUGAGUCUAAUGGAAGGCAUUACAUUCAAGUGGACUUUUUGGAGCCCAAAUUCUUAUCAGGAGUUGUAACGCAAGGUGAAGGUCAAGACAACAAAUGGGUCACCCAGUAUGAGGUGUACAUGAGUGUUGAUGGCGUAAACUUUGUCCCCUAUUCUGAGAGGCAAGAUGGAUUGGCCACAGUGUUCAAGGCAAACACUGAUACUAACACAGCAGUCACCAACUACUUCAUAAGGAACUCAAUAGCUCGUUAUAUACGUAUAGUACCUGUCAGUAGCUAUGGUGGCAUUGCAAUGAGAUUCAAUAUCUUAGGCUGUAAUCCAACAGAGGAAAAUAAAUCAAUGAGCACAUUGUCUCCCCCCUUUACACCUCAGCCUACUCCUACAGCUCUACUACCUCCUAAAGCAUGCCUGAUUCCCAUGGGCCUGAGCAGUCACUACCUUGUUUCUAAUGACCAACUGACCUCUUCCAGUAACCUAGAUAAGAAUCAUACAGCAGCAGAUGGUAGGCUGUUCAAUGUUCCAUCGACUACUUCUGGAGGAUCUUGGAUUCCUAGUUCUAAUGGCCAACAGUGGAUCAUGGUCAACUUCAACGAUGCCAAGCUCAUCUCUGGAAUCGUAACACAGGGAAGUCCAGAUACAUCUCGAUGGGUUCAGAAAUAUAACGUCUACUACAGUUUGAAUGGCAGAGACUUUACUCCUUACACAGAGAUACCAGGAGGCACUGUGCCCUACACUUUCAAUGCUAACUCUGACAGUACAACACCAGUCAGGAACCUCUUCAACCGAGACAUUAUUGCUCAGUAUGUGAAGAUUGUCCCAGUUCAGGCUUCUCCAUCAGGCUUUGGUUUGAGAUUUGAUGUUGUUGGCUGCCAACCUCUGACACCGCCAAUGUCCAUUCCAACUCCACUGGUUAUCAUUGACCAGGUUACUGCUGUUCCACCUACUGGAUCUACUCAGAAACCUUCCAUAAAGAUUACUUGUGAACUUCCAAUGGGCGUCAGUAAUCCUUUGAUAGUUGCUGAUGGUCAACUAACUGCCUCCAGCUCUUUGGAUAUUUUCCAUGGACCAACAAGAGGCAGACUUUUCACUAAUCAAGAUGGAGCCUGGGCUGGAGCUUGGUCUCCAAAUAUCACUGACAACAAUCAGUACAUCCAAGUAGAUUUCCGAGGCACGUACAAUAUAUCUGGAGUAGUUACACAGGGCAGCCCUGACCAGAGGUCAUGGGUCACCAAAUACAUUGUCUACUACAGCACUGAUGGGGUCAACUUCCAUCCAGUAACUGACAGUGCCCAUCUGCCAAUAGUUUUUAAAGCCAACAAUGACCAGCACACACCUGUAACAAACUACUUCACUCCAGUGGAAGCCAGAUUCAUCCAGAUCAGACCUGUGGAGUUCUUUGGUUCCAUAGCCUUGAGGUUUAAUGUCUUGGGUUGUGAGUCUCCACUACCAACUCCUCUUCCUCCAUUGCAGACAACCAGUACAGUUUCACCAACAUUACCUAAUGGACAGACACCGACACCCACUCCUCGAGCCUGCCAAUACUGGUCACCUUGGGUCAGUAAUAGUGUGCCAGACCCAGUUUCAGGAGAGAAAGACAUGUUCUACCAACAGCCUUUGGUAACCAAUGCUUGUCCCAAAGAGUAUAUCAUAGGAGUUGAGUGUCGUGUGAGAGCAACUAGAAUGAUGUGGGAUCCAACUGAUGCACUGGUUCAGUGUUCUCUGCUGGAUGCAAUGGUCUCAUGCACUGUCACACCCACUCACCCUUGUCCAGACCAUGAAAUGCGAGUCCUUUGUGACGUCUGUUCUGUCUCAACAACUGGUCAGCCUGUAGCCUCACCUACCCUGCCAGGUCAAUCCACCAUUACAACAGCUAAGCCACCUCCCACAUGUAUGUCUGGCUGGUCAAAUUGGAUCAACAGAGAUACAGUCAUGGUAGAUGGUGACAGAGAGAUGAUGUCCAUCCAGGAAAUGGUCACCUUCUGUCCCUAUGGGCAUGUGGAUCAGAUCAUUUGUGUCACAUCUGAUGUUGACCUGAGACCUUGGUAUCAAAUUGACCAACUGUCUAGCUGUGAUGUCAGCAAUGGCUAUAAGUGUGAUUUACAAGUUAAUCCUAAUAAUGUUUGCCAGGAUGUUCAAGUCAGAUACCAUUGUUCUUGUAGUGGUACACCAAUGCCUACACCCACUUUGACUCCACCACCAAAUCUUUGCACAAACAGCUUCUGGACUCAGUGGAUUAACAAAGACUCCCCAGAGAUUGGAGACGGUGACAGAGAAUCUCUCAGCAGUCAUGAGCUCAGCCAGAUUUGUGUUGGAGGAUAUAUUUCUGAGAUCGACUGUCAGACCACACUGGGCAUUCCAUUUGAUAUGACUGGAGAGCCUGUCAGCUGUGACUUAGACUCAGGACUGGUGUGUAUGAACUCAAUCUUCAGAAUGUGUCGCAACUAUAGAGUAAGAUACAGGUGUGAGUGCACAGUUGCAACUCCGCCUACAGCAGUCAUAACAACUAGUUCAACCCUGCGUCCCAGCACUCCCACUGAACACCUCUGCUUCACUGGCUGGUCAGGCUGGGUCAAUCAAAACUCACCUGUUGGGACCACUGGUGACUCUGAAGCCAUGACCACCAGUCAGCUACAAAGCUUCUGCCCAGGUGGUAAGAUCACCAAAGUGGAGUGCGUGGAUGCAGUGUCUUUGGUUGACUUUGAGCAGUUGUCAGAAGCCAGCUGUAGUGUGAAUGAUGGUCUACAGUGUAUGAACAACCCCUUCUCUGAUACUCCUUGCCAUGACUACAAGUUAAGAUACAUGUGCGAUUGUUCAGUAACUCCUGCUCCAGUAUCUACUCCAUCUUCUACACCUGGAUUUACCUGCACCAAUGGCUGGUCAUCUUGGAUCAACAAAAACAGCCCCAUUGGUACCACUGGCGACACUGAGAAAAUCACCCCUGAAGAAAUCAACCACUUCUGCUAUGGUGGUAAACUCACCAACAUCCAGUGUGUGGACUCUAAGACCAGAGAUGACUUCACCAGCUUGGCAGAGGCCACCUGCACUGUCCAGGAUGGACUGGAGUGUGUCAAUCUGCCAUUUACUGACAUCCCACCUUGCAGAGAUUAUCAAGUCAGAUAUGAGUGUAACUGUACAGAUGCACCAACCAUACCACCAACAAAAUCAACAUCAACCUUGGUACCACCUCAUGGGUCAACACUUACAACUCUAGUGCCACCCAGCGGUAGCACUCCUACCCCACAACUCCAAUGUCACACUGGCUGGUCUUCUUGGAUCAAUGAUAACACUCCUAUUGGAAACCCUGGAGAUCACGAGAAGAUGACCCCUGAACAGUUAGCACAGUUCUGUCCUGGUGGCAAGAUCACUGAUAUUGAGUGCAAGGACUCAGACACCAAAGAUGAUUGGACCAGCCUGGCUGAGGCAACAUGUACAGUAGAAAGUGGUCUGGAGUGUAUGAACAUUCCAUUAGAUGGAAUACCACCUUGUAGAAACUAUGAGAUCAGAUAUCAUUGCAACUGUUCAGAUGUUAUACCUCUUGUGAUAACCACUAAGCUACCAACACCAUCCAUACCUACUGGAUCAACUGCUAGUCCAUUAGUAUGCAUCGACCAAUGGUCUCCUUGGAUCAAUAAGAACUCCCCUAUUGGCACUGAUGGCGAUACAGAGAAGAUGACCCCCCAGGAACUUCAACGAUUCUGUCCAGGUGGAGAGGUGACAAACAUUGAAUGCAAGGACUCCGACACCAAAGAUGACUGGACAAGCUUAGCUGAAGCCACAUGCUCUGUAGAGAAUGGUUUGGAGUGUGUAAAUCUACAGAUUGAUGGCAUACCUCCAUGUAGAGACUAUCAAAUCAGAUAUCAGUGCAACUGUACAAAUGUUAAACCUCUUGCGAUAUCCACAUCCACCACAAAGCUACCAACACCAUCCAUACCUACUGCCUCAACUGCUAGUCCAUUAGUAUGCAUUAACCAAUGGUCUGCUUGGAUCAAUAAGAACUCUCCUAUUGGCACCAAUGGAGAUACAGAGAAGAUGACCACCCAGGAACUUCAACGAUUCUGUCCAGGUGGAGAGGUGACAAACAUUGAAUGCAAGGACUCCGACACCAAAGAUGACUGGACAAGCUUAGCUGAAGCUACAUGCUCUAUAGAGAAUGGUUUGGAGUGUGUUAAUCUACAGAUUGAUGGCAUACCACCAUGUAGAGACUAUCAAAUCAGAUAUCAGUGCAACUGUUCAAAUGUUAAAAUUUCAACACAAUCACCUAGCCUAACACCAGUUUAUGGUUCACCCACCCCCUCACCCAAUGGAGGUGAUGGUCAUACACCAUCUAAAGGACCCACCCACUCCUGCACCACUGGAUGGUCCUCCUGGAUCAAUAAGAACAACCCUGUUGGUAGCACUGGUGAUACAGAGAAGAUGACACCAGAAGAACUGGCCAACUUCUGCCCUGGUGGAAGGGUGACAAACAUUGAAUGCAAGGACUCUGACACCAAAGAUGACUGGACAAGCUUAGCUGAAGCCACAUGCUCUGUAGAGAAUGGUUUGGAGUGUGUAAAUCUACAGAUUGAUGGAAUACCACCCUGUAGAAACUAUGAGAUCAGAUACAUGUGCAACUGUUCAGAUAAUGUACCAAAUCCUCACACUACCCUCUCACCCCAUCACAAAAUUCAAGUGAACUGCGAUUGGUCUGACUGGCUGAAUGUAGAUAGCCCUACAGUAGGCAAUGGUGACAUGGAGACUAUUGAGAGCAUCAAGUCCCAAUAUGGCGUCUGCCCAGACAUGGUCAAUAUCCAGUGCAGAGUGGCCGGCACCUCCACCCUGUUCUCACAGUCUGGUCAGGACAGGCUUAUGUGUGACACCCUUAAUGGUUUCCGCUGCUACAACAAUGAACAGAAGGAUGGCAAAUGUUUGGACUAUGAAGUCAGGGUGCUAUGUUGGGGAGACCAGUGCUCAAACUUAUCCUCCACACCUUUCGGAGUACCUACUAAAGGUCCUCAUUUAUCUACAACACCAGCAACUGAUGAGUUUAAGAAAACAACAGGAUCCUGUCCUCCUGGAGAAGAGUGGCAGGUAUGUGCUUUCAAGUGUGAUGAAGUCUGUGGUUACGUUGCUCACUCAUCCGGAGCAUGUAAUGGCAUUCUCAACCCUGCUGACAAUUGUAUACCAGGUUGCAGGCCACCACCAGAGCUGCAACGAGUUGUCUGUAAACCAGAAGAGAGAUUCAUUAAUUCCACCACAUGCGUGCCGAAAGAGAUGUGCUCUUGUCUCAAACCAGACGGAACUCCUGCCAAGGCUUUUGAAACAUGGCAGAAUCCAGCCCAUGAAUGUUCCCUGUGCAGCUGUUUUAGUGGUGAAGUAAUCUGUGGCAGCCAAGAAGGUUGCACUACCAGUAGUUCUAGUAGCCACUCCUAUCCCACUCCUCAACCUUGUGGUUGGACAGACUGGAUCAAUGAUAACUCUCCAAAUGCCACCAAUGGAGGUGACAUGGAACUUUUAUCAGUUCUGAAACCAAAAUAUAAUCUUUGUACCAACCCUACAAGAAUAAUAUGUCGUGACACAAUGACAGGCAGAGAGGCUUCAGAAAGUGGCCAGGUAGUUACAUGCUCAUUGGCUGAGGGAUUCAAGUGUUAUAACCAUCUCAACAGUGACAAGUGCCAUGAUUAUGAAAUCAGUGUUUACUGUGGAUGCAUUCCAAGUCACACGCCAACAAUAUCACAGGGCAGCAGCUUAUCUCCUAUCCCAGCAAGCACUUCAAGUCCUUCAGGUCCACAUGUAUGUCUGACACGGUGGUCUGAUUGGAUUAACAGGAAUGAUCCCACCCACGGAACAGGAGAUUCUGAGAAGAUGACCAAAGAAGAAUUAUCCGACUUCUGUCCUGGAGGCAAGAUUGUUCAAAUUGAGUGCAAAGACUCAGUCACCCAUGAUGACUAUACAAGCUUGGCAGAAGCCACUUGCACAAUUGAAGAUGGCCUUGACUGUGCCAAUCUGCCAUUUGAUGAUGUUCCUCCCUGUCGCAACUAUGAGAUCAGAUACAAAUGUGAUUGCACAAAUGCAACAACAGCAGCUCCCUCAACAACAAAGUCACCUUCCACAACCAGUAAAUAUGCUAAUCCUGCCUGUGGAUGGACUCAGUGGAUGAAUGGAGAAAAACCCGGUGAAAUGGGUGAAGAAGAAACUGUCUCCCAGCUUCGUACUCUGUACAGCUUCUGUGACAGCACAGACAUCACAGCUGUAGAAUGUAGGGAUGCUGACACCAAGAGGACAGCACAAGAACUCGGACAGGUUUCAGUUUUGUGUGACAUGUCCUACAGUGGCUUGAAGUGCUUUAGUUUUGACCAACCUGAUGGCAAGUGUAAAGAUUAUGAAGUGAGAUUUUUGUGUGAACCUAAAACUGUGAACUGCAAUGUUGCCCCAGUCAGUGGGACACCAUCACCACCACCUCAUACAACACUGGUACCUGUGAGAGUUUGUGACAACACUAUGGAAGAUGUGAAACCUAUUCUAGUGGCUGACUCCCAGAUCACUGUUUCCACUAGUUUGUCAGGGUACACAGGCCCUGAGAGGUCACGCCUUGAUACCACUCCAACAAGUGUUUCCUCAGGUGGCUGGGUUGCCAAAGUCAGUGACCGUACUCAGUGGAUUAAGUUCACUUUCUCUGACCCAAUGGUAGUGAUGGGUCUAACAACUCAAGGUCGAGCUGGUGCCAGUGAAUGGGUGGAGACCUACAAGGUCAUGUACUCUGAGAAUGGUGUGGACUUCCAUUUCAUUGAGGAGACUCCAGGCCAACCUAAAGUGUUUGUCGCCAACAAUGACUCAGAUACAAAACACACAGUCACAUUCUCUCCAGUAAAGGCAAAGAUAGUUAUAAUUCAGCCUCAGUCUUGGCACACUUCUAUUUCAAUGAGACUGGGUGUCCUUGGCUGUCUCACUACUUCAACUGGUCCAUAUGUUCCUGCUACGCCACCACCAGUCAAGCAAUGUGUUUCUGGUUGGUCAAAGUGGAUCAACAAGAAUGACCCAACCACUGGAACUGGUGAUGUUGAGAAGAUGACCAAAGAGGAGUUGGCUGAUUUCUGUCCUGGUGGAAUCAUCUCAGCCAUAGAGUGUAAGGAUUCUGACACCAAAGAUGACUGGACCAGCUUAUCAGAAGCCACAUGCUCAAUUGAGGAUGGCCUUGAGUGUAAUAACUUACCAUUUGAUGGUAUUCCUCCUUGUCGCAACUAUGAGAUUAGAUAUCAAUGUAAUUGUUCAGCUGUUACUCCCUCCACACUUCCAGUGCCACGUACACAGGUUACAAUUGCACCUAGCACAGCACGCAUACAGCAGUGUACAUCUGGGUGGUCAUCCUGGAUCAAUAAAGUCGAUCCUACCAGUGGCACUGGGGACUAUGAGAAGAUGAGCAAGGAAGAGUUGGAAGCUUUCUGCCCAGGUGGUAGCAUCAUUGACAUUGAGUGCAAGGACUCUGUCAGUAAAGAUGACUGGACUAGCCUUGCUGAGUCAACUUGCAGUGUGGAAGAUGGGUUGAAGUGUGACAACUUGCCAUUUGAUGGAGUUCCACCAUGCAGAAACUAUGAGAUUAGAUAUAAAUGCAACUGCUCAAGCUCCACAGUUAACAUUGGUUCUACAAGAGCUGCUCCAGCAACAAUCAACCAGGCCUCCACCAGGUCAACCCUUUCAAAUCAGUGUGUCACACAGUGGACACCUUGGAUAAACAAGAUUGAUCCAACCACAGGCAAGGGAGACUAUGAAAAGAUAACCCCUGAGGAGCAAGCUCAGUUCUGCCCAGGUGGCAAGCUCACUGACAUUCAGUGCAUAGAUUCUGAUACUAAAGAUGACUUCACCAGCCUGGCAGAGGCAACAUGCACACUAGAAGAUGGUCUGGCUUGCAGCAACCUUCCAUUUGAUGGCAUUCCUCCUUGCCGCAAUUAUCAGAUCAGAUACAUGUGCAACUGCACAGGUGUUGUGGGAAGAAAACGACGAGAUGCCCCAUUGCCAGAUCCAACAUUGGCUCCGAGAGCAGUUCCAAAGUUACCAGCUCAAUGUAGACAAGACAUGGGCAUUAUGAGUGGAAGAGUUCGAGGGGACAUGAUAUCAGCUUCAUCUUACCUCCACAUAAGACAUUCACCACAGAGUGCACGUCUUGGUUCCUAUGGAAGCUGGAUUGCAGCUAGAAAUGACAGACGUCAAUACAUCCAGAUUGAUUUUGUAACUGCUGCUUACCUAACUGGGGUCACCACUCAAGGUCAUCCCUAUGCCCCAUUGUAUGUGACAUCGUACAAGAUUGUAUUUAGUAAUGAUGGAGUCAACUGGAGCCCUUACAGAGAAACAACUGGUGUAGACAAGAUCUUCUCAGCUAAUAGAGAUUCUGUUACACCUGCCACACACAUGUUCCGUCUGCCAGUCAGAGCUCGAUUCCUUCGUCUCAUCCCACAGUCCUGGCAAGGCAAAAUAGCACUGAGGCUAGAAGUUCAUGGCUGUCCACAGAAGUAUCCAAUCACAACUCCAGUUCACAAAACCUCUGUCACCUCAGUCAAACUUCCUCCAGUGUCAUUGGAUGUUAACUAUGAUUGCAUUGAAUGGGAUUCAUGGAUCGACCUCCAUCAGCCUACCAUCAGAGACGUGAACGACAUUGAGUCCCUGGAUGACAUCAUUGAAGCCUCUCCUCAUUGUAAGGAUCCCAUUGUCAUUGAGUGCCGCACCGCUACUCCAGAUCACUUGUCAUCUAAAGAAACAGGUCAAAAUGUGGACUGCAACUUAUGGGAUGGUUUAAGUUGUAAUGCUACAGCAAUAAAUGACCGAUUGUGCUUUAACUAUGAGUCUCGUCUUGGCUGCUUAAAAAAUAAAGCUGAAUGUGCUUCCAAAUUGGCUGUAAUACCAAGAUACUCAAAGAGUAAAGGUCAACCCCCAUUGAUGUGCUAUGCAGGAAUGUAUUCUAAACAGUGUCCGAAGUUGUGUCCAAGUGGCUACUAUUGCAAUGGUGUUGCCUGUGUACUCAAGAAAGACUGCCCUUGUGUGAUUGAUGGACAAAUAGUCAAGUCUGGUUCUGUCAUUCGAAAUUCACAAUGUGACACAUGUCAGUGCAUUGGAGGAGAAACUGUCUGUGUGCCAAAGUUCUGUCCAGCAUGUCAUAUUGGAGCAUCUUAUGUGGACAAGAAAACUUGCAACUGCCAGUGUGAGACUUGUAGUCCUGAUGAACACCAAUGUGGCACAGGCUUAUGUAUUCAAGCCAACAGAAAGUGUGAUGGCAUCAUUGAUUGUGUUGAUGAUGAAGACACGUGUGUGAAUCAUCUUCAAGUCAAAACAUCUUUGAAAGGUGUAAAGAACACGUAAUGUGACCCACAAGGAUCAUACCUGGACUUUCACUGUAGAUAAUUUUGUUGUCAUGAUUUUGUUUGUAUCUCAAAUAUAAAUUGCUUUGUUGUUAAUAUUUCUGAUGUUUUAUUUCCUUCUUGGAUGACAUUGAGAUGCAUAACAUAAAUAUUUGUUUUAAGUCUGAGAGAUUGUUACAUACAUUUAAAUAAAAAUAGAAUGUUUAUAUAAUGGUCAUUUAUCUACUUAUAUUAUUUUUUUUUUAAUGAUAGCUUUAAAUAAACAUUAUAAGUGUUGUGUUUUUUAAUAUGUAAUAUAGAUAAAUAAAGUACAAUGUUAGAAUAAUAAUGAAUGUGACUCUUCGCCAAAAUACAGCUAUUUAUGUACAACUAUUACUGUUGAAAUGUUUGUCUCAUGUAAUUGUUUGAGAAGGAAUAAAAUUGUUAGACAAUAAAUAA